UGAAAGAUACAGUUUAUAGAAACUUUUUUCUAUAGUGAAAACAGUUUUGAGUGAUUAGUAUUCAGUGUAUUGAAAGUGAAAACCUAAACAUGCCACCACCUCUGGCCAAUAAGAUAAAUACCAAGGACAAUAAGGAAAUUAAGAACAAAGAUGGAAAUAAAACAGUUCAGUCUUUAUUAGCACCAAAGAAAGAUCAACAAAUAGCUAAUCAAGGAAAUCCACCACCAAAGCGUGACAAAAGAACUUUCUCAGAUGUGUCAGAGGAGAGCCUUGAGGGUAUUGAUUUAAUUAGUAUUCAUUCAGAUUUAAAGGACAUCAAAAAAAGCCUUCAAGAUACUGUUAAAAAAUCUGACCUGGAUAAUCUUGUCAAACAAAAGGACUUAAAAGAUCUUGUGACAACCAUCGUCAGUAAUCUUUUGUCUACACUGAAGGAGUCAAUCACUGAGGAAUUUAACACCAAACUGAGGGAAAGAACUGGAAAGUUGAAAGAUGAGAUAGAUGCUCUUAAUAUAGACAAUGAGAACUUCAAAGAGAGACUAAGAACAAAAGAUAGGCAAAUAGAAGAGCUUCAGGAAAAAGUGGAAGAUUGCAACCAUAGGUCCAUAGAUGCACUUAAAUCUGCAAACUAUAAUGAACAGUACUCCAGGAAACAUAAUAUAAGAAUGGUGAAUUUUCCAGAAAAGAGAAAUGAGAACUUACGAGAUGUUUUUGUAAAAAUGGUGAAGAAAGACUUAAAUGUUGAGAUAGAACCAUCAGAUGUCAUAGCAAUACAUCGAAUCCCAGGAAAAGAAGGUUACAUCAAACCUGUGAUAGCAAAGGUCCGUAACACAGAAAUUAAAAUCAAGAUAAUGAGAAAUAAGAAGGGGUUGAAGAAUGACAUUAAAUUUCAUGACGAUAUAACCCAAAGAAAUCUUGGACUAUUAGCUAGACUAAAUACAAAUGUGAUGCUAAAUAAUGCCUGGUUCUACAACUGUAGUGUAUAUGGUAAAUUGAAGGAUAGUGAGCACAGAAUCAAAUUUGAUCUUUAUGACAAUAUAGAUGAAAAAAUUUAAAAAAAACUUUCAAGUAUGUAAA